AUGUCGUCAACACCUAUUACUUCUGAAAAUUCAUCAUCAUCUCGUGGUCAAUCGGCGAAUCAAGUAACUGCAGCGAAAACGUCUCGUCCACCGUCUGCAGCGAAAACGUCUCGUCCACCGUCUGCAGCGAAAACGUCUCGUCCAUCGUCUGCAGUGAAAACGUCUCGUCCAUCGUCUGCAGUGAAAACGUCUCGUCCACCGUCUGCAUCGCUAAAACCGGCGGAAAAUGAUACGACCACAGUGACACCGGAAGUCACUACUAAUGAUAAUGAUGCAUCAUCAGAUGUUUCUGUUGAUGGAAAAGAAGUAACUUCUUCGUCUGAAUGCCCACCAUCAGUAAAAGCUGCUGCCAGUGGGUCUCGCCCGGGUUCAGGUAUACAUCCGCAAUCAGCAGCAAAGAAUGAUCUUACUUCUAAUACAGUCACGGAUUCAACAAAUGCUGAGAAAAAGUCUUCACGACUACCUUCGGCUAAUUCAAAAGUCGAUGAAUCAAAUACACAUGGUUAUACUAUUAAUGUAGCCAGUCCACGACCACCAUCAGGAUCUACAAAAGUUGACCAACCAAGUACAGUUGCACCAGUUAAUUCACGACCACCUUCUCCAAAUCUAAUAGCAAGCGAAUCCACUACGAACGACUCGGCUACUAUCACGCCAGGUUCGAGACCAACAACAGGUAGUCAAACAACCGAUAUAACUAGACGGAGUGAUUCUACUGAUCCGACUACGACGAUAGGUGCACGACCACAAUCGGCCACUCAAAAUACAGUUCCAACAAACUCCAGACCACCAUCGGUACGUGUAAAACAAGAUGAGACAACUGUAGACGAUUCUACCACCGAACAACAAAAUACAUCAACACUAUUUAAUGCAAAUGAUGCAGAUGCAACACUACCGAUUAUUGAACGUCCAGCUUCAGUAGCUAAAGUGACAUCAACUGAUGAAUCUACAAUAACAGCGAAUGUUGAUUCCACUGAUUCGCCUGUUAUUCUAACAGAAAACUCACCAUCAUCCGAUGAAAUCCAACCUGUCGCAGUUACACCACGAAUCGGUUCAGCUUCAAAAAUUCCUCAAGAACCGACAGCUACCGAAAAUAAUAAUUAA